CGCGUCAUGUGACGUGGAGGCGGAAGCUGUCACAUAAACAGAAAACUUGGAUAGAGAGAGCAAAAACGUCUCCACUUAAACUUCUCAUUUUGCUAUUUAAUAUCUCCGCAUUUAGCAUAUUAAUGCAUGGUGAGUCAUGUCUGCAAGCUAUACAAAGGACUCCAGUUUUUUGGGAGGCAGGAUACCACCAGAAAUCGACUCAUUGUCGAAAAACCUGAAGGAUGUGGACCAAGAGAUGUUCAGAAAUAUACUGAAAGCUGUGGUUAGCGCCCUGGAGGGGAAGGACGGCAGAGAAGGGAUGAAGUCUAUAGCCGAGAGCAGUACCAUCCCCCAGGAGAGGCUCAGUCACGUCGUCGCUGGGAUUUACAGAGUGCUGUCCGAGGCCAUCCGCGUCCCCACAUCAUCCCUUAAACAGGAGGCUUUCAGAGAAGAUCUCAAAGAACUAAGGAUACCUGAAGACUUUAUCACAGACAUUGCCAGCGUGGUUUUUGGCAACAGGCGUGCAGCUCUAGAUGCAGCAACUUCCCGGAAUGAUCCUCACCUCCCCACGUUAGAAGACUUGAAAUGGAGAGUGGAUGUUGCCAUUUCUACAAGCUCUUUAGCCAGGGCCCUGCAGCCUUCUGUUCUGAUGCAGAUGAAACUAUCGGAUGGGAGCUUUCACCGCUUUGAGGUGCCUGUGUCUAAAUUCCAGGAGCUCCGUUACAACGUGGCUCUGAUUCUCAAAGAGAUGAACGAUCUGGAGAAGAGGAACAUUCUCAAGAUCCAAGAUUGAUACGCAACGCCGGCCUGCUGUUUAAUAAAGCUGUCCUCUCUGCUUGUUCUGUAAGAUUUAGUAGAGUUUUGUAAAUUGCAUUGAAUCCAUUUUGCAUCAUUUCAAAUGUAAUAUUUAUAAGAGAUCAUCUGCCUGUCAUGGUGUUAUGAUUUGAUGGUGUUGGCAUCCAACAUACUUAAGUGCUGCCAGCAAAAUGAUAACAAUAGUUAGCCGCCUGGCUGCUUUACAGGAGUGCCUAAUAGCCAUACUGAAGACAAAAAGACAA